AUGGGUCUGUUCAAGACCGUUUUCGAGGUCAACAACAUGCAGCUCUUCCUCAAAGACAAGGAGUCGAGCCUAAGAUCACCGCUCUUUCUCGUGAUCCGAGACCACCUUGACACGACGCCCCUUGCGAACCUGCGCAACACCCUGGUCCAGGACCUGACCAAGAUCUGGUCCUCCAUCUCCAAGACCAAGACCGGCAACUGUUCGUGA